UCAGAUAUUAGGGUUUAUCAUUUGAAGGUUUUGGCGAAAAUCAAUCGUUCUUGCAAACCCUAGAAAGAAAAGAAAGACAGAAAGAAAGAAAGAGAAGAGGAAAAAUGUUUGGGGGAAUGUUCCAGAGGAAGCCAAGCAAGGAAGAAGCCCUAAAGACGCUUAAGGGUCAUGCUGCAAUGUUCGGAGCUUUGGUAGCUGCUAUUCGGGUCACUCCGUACAUUCUCAAGUACUUCCAGAAAGAUGAACUCACUUUGGAGCUUUGAUUCUGCUCUUUAUUUCGGCAAAGCCAGGAGAGGUGUUAAGCUUCAAGGGAGAUUUCAUAUAAUUAGCUUUACCCAAGUUGUCGACAUAAUCGAAAGUAUUUUAUAAGCCCUACCAUGUAGUUGGACUUGAUUAGGCCAAAAAUGAUACUUCAUUGGAGAUAAUGUUUUGGGAAAUUUUUAUCUACUGUUACUCUGCUAGUAUUCCGAAGUGCAGAUUUCAUAUAA